UUGCCGGUGUGAAGAGGGGCUCCAGGGCACAAGUAACGGGAUCACCAGUAGGUAGUGAGGAAACCCGCAAAACCUCGUUUGGAAAACGCAAGUCUUGCUUUUCUAUGAGACCACGAUCGUUGUUAGACAGCGCUUGAAGCAUGAGCGCAAGAUAAUGGCUGGUUUUUAACCAUUUGGAGUGUGGAAUCGGGGCAAACGCUAAGCGUUGCAGCAUUGAAUUGGCUGUGUGGUGAACACGUCUAUUCGAUAAACUGUUGAGGUUCUUUGGUAUGCAGGAGGGGAAGGUUCGGUGAAGUGGAGGGAGCUCAACGAGUGAUUCGUGUCUGGGUUUGGGGGGGUCAAGGGAGGGAAGAUGUGGUAUAGUUACUAGAUCGCGAUUGCCAAACGACUUUUCUUUCCCCUUUUUUUUUGGACGGGAUUUUGAUUGCGCCGGGAAGGAAAGGGCCAUGGAAUUAUUUGUGAAGGAGGAUUUGAUGCACUUGACGCAAGUGCGAUGAGUAUGUGUCUUGCACUUGCUUCCUCCUCGGUAGUUUUCGGUGGUGAGUUGCAGCUUGUGGAUGAUUGUUCUGGUGAAGAGAAAACGAAGGAUGAACAUUGAGGGGAUUUCGCUCGGCUUACCUGAUGAUGCUAGAUAGGUUCUUAUACUUGUUUCUUGGUAAGGGCUCUGGAAGCUUCCUUUUGUAGAGUUAGGUGGCGAGGGAUGCGGUUUCAAACGUGUGGGAGUGGCCUCGAAGGUUUCAACUACCUGUAUUUCGUCGAUUAGUCGACUCGUUCCUGCUCAGAUCCUUCUCGCGAUUGUUCGUUGCAUGUACACACCAUUCUGUAGCUGCACAGCUACAACUGAAACUUCCGAUCGGGCUCUUUUAGUCGAUAUUGUGGAGCUUUGUGUAAUUUUGAUUAUUAGCUGAGGGUAAGGUUAUUGUCCUUACACACACAAUUCAACGAUCUGAAACUGGAGGAGCAAUGGGAUGUGUCCACUUUAACUUCUGAAUAUCUACUGCUUGGCACCUCGAAUACUACUUCCACGCUCUUGAAACCGAGGACCUCUCCGUAUCAUUGGAGUCUGUCGUUAUUUUUCAAUUCAUGAAGCGGCUGAAGUGCACAGGGCUUACCCCCACUGACUGAGUCAUCGAUUCUACAUCUCUCGUCGUCUCACCUCCUAGUGAGAAUCGAUAAUUCUUUAACGACACAUUGUCGACGAUGCCAGCGAGCGCUGUCGUCUUUGUGAAAUCCUCUGACUGUACUUUGCAGCCUCAAGUUUUCAGCAGAACCAUCAAAAAGUCGAAAUGAAGCUAGUUGAAUAAUUUAUGAAGAAGUGACUGUAAGAGUCAUGCAAAUGAUCGGUCUGCAAAAGAUGGCGAUGGAUGUUUUUAUUCCGUCAUGGGGGGAAAUAAACCUAUCAUUGGCAGCUGCUGUGGUAUUUAUAUUCCUCCUGAGCUGCUACCAGCAUUUCCUUGCAGGGGAUGAUACAUCUAAAGAUAUUGUAGAAGAGAAAGUGUUACAUCUUCCAGCAAUUCCAGAACUUGAGGACGUAGUUUUGAGCAGCACAACUGCUCAAGCCGUUGUUCGGGGGGUGACGAAUGACUGGGAUGGAUUAUUUGUGUAUUUGAUUCGGUUCGAACUCCUUGCAGCUAGGAACUUGAUUUCAGCAAGUUUGAAUGGCACAUCAGAUCCUUACGCUAUCAUCGAAUGUGGGACACAGAAGCGAUUCAGCUCUGUGGUUCCGAGCUCGAGGAAUCCAGCAUGGGGUGAGGAAUUUGACUUCUAUGCGGAAGACUUGCCUGUGCAGAUUAAAGUUGCCAUCUUUGAUUGGGAUAUUGUUUGGAAGAGCACAUCACUUGGAUCAACCACCCUUGACAUAACGGAGGAGGGUCAAACCGAGGCUAUGUGGUGUACACUGGAUAGCGCUUCUGGUCAGGUGUGUCUCCAAGUGGCGACUAAGCGUUAUCCUGUUAGUCAGUCUGGAAAUUUGAGUGGGCAUCUCGGGGUUGUAGCCCGUCGAAGAUUAUCCCUUGAUAAACCUGUUGGGACAGAGGUGCGGCAGAAGCCUGGACCUCUUCAGCUCAUUUUUGAACUACCCCCAGACGAGGUGAUUGAGCACAGUUACUCGUGUGCUCUGGAAAGAUCGUUCCUAUACCACGGGCGAAUGUAUCUUUCGGCCUGGCAUAUUUGUUUUCACUCUAACGUGUUUGCGAAGCAGAUGAAGAUUGUUUUGCCGUAUGACGACAUUGAAGAGGUAAAGAAGAGUCACCAUUCGCUCAUUAAUCCGGCCAUAACAAUCACACUGCGAUCAGGUUCAGGUGGUCAAGGCGUGCCUCCUUUGGUUAGUGUUGAUGGCAGAUCAAAGUACAAGUUCGCAUCAUUCUGGAAUCGAAACCAAGCAUUCAGAGCACUUGAACGAGCUUUGAAAAAGUUCACUGCCAUGCAGGAGACUGCAAAAGAGGAGCAACAUGUCUCAUCGAUGAGAACAAAAAGCGGGUCAUUUCGGGUGCCUGAGGAGAUUGAUGACCAAAAUGAUAUUCCAGUACAAAAUGAAAGCCCAAUCGUGAUACAGCCGUUUCUUAAGGACGACGUUCUGUCUGAGGUUAUCAACGUUGACUUGCCGUGCACAGCUGAAGAAUAUUUUGCAGUUUGUUUGACGGACGACUCUCAGUUUAUGCAAAAGUAUUGUGAUUUUCGAAAGGAUUCGGAGUUAAAGAUUGGAAAAUGGGAAGACACGGAACAAUAUGGCGGUUUCACUCGGAAGGUGACUUAUCGUUCGAUAUGCCGGAGUCCAAUGUGUCCUCCAGACACCGCCGUUACUGUGUGGCAACAUGCGGCGUUUUCGAAUGACAAGAAAGUCCUGGUUUUCGAAGCCGUGUCACAAAUUCAUGACGUGCCUUUCGGAACAUACUUUGAGGUGCAUGCAAAGUGGAUAUUUGAGACGAAGUCAAAAUCUAUAUGCAGUUUGAUUGUUAAAGUUGGGGCACAUUUUCAAAAGUGGUGUCUCAUGCAAUCGAAGAUCAAGUCUGGAACGGUGUUGGAGAUGAAGCAAGAUGCGGAGCUUUUUAUAGAGCUGGCUCGGAAGGAGCUUGCAAGAGCCAAGGAGGAUUUGCAAGAAAAGGCACCUGAUGAAGCAGACGUUGGCAGCGUGGGUGCUAUAGGAUCGAUCCUGGGAGAACCCAUAGCCACAAACUAAGAUCUCGGCUUUGUUGCGAGCGACAAAGUUUGAACAGCAAAGCAUUUAAGGGUUAUAGAUACAUGAUAACAGUUGAUUCAAACGGAUUGAAUUGCAGACACGGUGAUCGACUCAGUGUAUUUCACUGGCGGCUCAAACGAGAGUGUCAGUAGCCGUCUCCGUGGCAGCAGAGCCUCCAUGCUGAUACGGGGUGUACCAGCAAGGCUGAGAGGUUUGGUGCGUUGAGUACCCUGGAGGGGACUUCUCAGAUGGACACGGUGAGGUGGUCCUGAGUAUAGUUGCCGAAAUACAAACAGAAUUGAACUUAUUGUGUCAGAAGUUGAAUUGUGCUGAGUGUCUUGGGCAGGAACCUAUCAAGAUUUUAAGUUUCUGGAAUGGGUUGUCAUGAUGAUUUGUAGACUUGGGAUUUUGAGACGCUCGUGUAUGUUCAGUUUAAUGACGAGUGCAAUCAUCCCUUCCUUAACUAGACUCACAUUUAUCCGUCAUGGUUGUUGCUUUCACAUCGAGUAGCCAUAUUUGAAGUAAAGUGUAUCCUUGUUAUAAGCAAGUUGCAUAUAUUCAUAAUGUAUGAAUUCCAACGCAGUAUCUAAUAGAAUGGCCUUCAAAGCAACAAUUACUGGUC